CUCCACCAAAAAGUAUAUAAGCAUCAACCUCAAUUCUCAACCAGUCUUGCAGAAGGAUGUCUAACAGAAGCCUGCCCACAUAUAUCCUGAUAUCGAGCUUUAUUCUUGGCAUUCUCAUUGACCAGGCAUCUGCAUUUGGACCACAUAAAUAUGACUGUUGUAUAAACUACACCCGGAAGCCUGUACCCAUCGGAUUUAUAAAAGGCUACAUAGAACAAAGCUCCCUUACAGUUUGCAGAAUUGACGCAAUCAUAUUCCUUACUGUUGAGGACAAAAAGGUGUGCGCGAACUCAAAAGAUGCCUGGGUUAAAUCCACUAUGAGACGACUCAGCUAUAGGCUGAAGCAGCUGUCUAAAAAGAGUCCUGAUGAAAAUGAAGCUGGGAAGGCUAUUCCUGAUCAUUUCACAGCGAUCGUGACACCAGCAGCUCCAUAAACGGCAAAAGAAACAUGUAUGGCUUUUACAGCCAUUUCACUAUUACCAAACCUUUCGCGUAAUAGCCCAGAGCUUUUACAGUGUUUUUGUGAUUUGUUUUACUGCUUCAAUUGGGACUGUGUUGUACAGCAUACUGUACGUGGUUGUGUCUUCCCAGGUGGCUGAGGACUAUACCUCAUAACUAAUGCUCCAGGUUCACUUGGACAGUCUGGCACUUUUGGAACUUUGCUACAUUCUGGUACUUUUAGUCUUGCACCUCUAAGAAAAAGAGAUAACACACACAAUAGAAUAUUGCUAAGGAAACAAAGAAUGAACUUCAAAAUACAGUUACAUUAAGUACAUCUGUAUACUGUAGCUACCAUUUAGUAAUAUAACAAUACUUUAAUAUACUGGGUAAAUAAAUAAAUAAAUAAAUAAAACAUUUCCAGGUGAACUUGGAGUGAGAUGGUCAACCUACUUCACAGUCUAGUGCAACCUUAACUGGUAAACCAUAAAUGAUCGCUUUGUAAGCUUUUAAAGCACAAUAAACAUGCAUUUGUCAUGUUUGCAUUUAAAUUGUUUUUGUUUCUUUCUGAUAAUGUUUAAAUAAAAAUCUAUUUGUUUUAAA